AUGGCUACUACACAAGGUCCCUUGGAUACAAUUCCGAAGGCGAACUACCCACCUUUGUUGACAAAAGCCAAUUACAUGUCAACGAAGCAGUUAAUCAAUGAAGUUCUAAGUGAGGAUCGUGAAUAUGUGACUUGGAAACUGAAUCAACUGAGAACAGGUGGUAAUGAUGCACCUGGUGCGAAGCUGUUACAAACUGUAGCACACCAUAACAAUCGGCAGUUUCACAAGAAGAACGCCAAGGUCAUGAAGAAGAGAUAUCCUAAUCAAAUUAGUGGUGUGCCACCAAAUCUCACCUUCGUGCAAGACUUGUAUGAGAAGGAGAUGAAGAAGGAAUCAGAAGACAUAGAUAAAUCCUUACGGGAGAUGCAUCAACCUUCUAUACCUGCUGAUGAACAAUUCAAGCUUCUAGUAACCAAUCUUGAUGAAGAUCAAACAAAUCGUUUUGAAGUAUUCCACAGGACCGCGUUGAGUAAGACUCAGGUCAAGAAACUUGCAACAACUGUUGUAAAUCAAUCGAUCAACGAGAAUAUCCGUGUUUUCUUGCAAGCUAUAGGCAAGAUAUUUGCAGGAGAAAUAAUUGAAAAGGCUAUGGAGAUCAAAGAGAAGUGGCUUUUAAGCCUAAUGCACAGAGAAUUUGAUAGGAAAGAGGAGACAGCAAUGCGUUUAAAGAAGCUAUUGAAGAAAUUGACUAAGAUGGUAGAUAAGAAUGGAAUUGUUGGCGAUGAUGAACCUGGUAAUGGAAUGGAAUUAACAGCACAUGAUUUAAAUAAUGAGUAUCCUAGCAGUGUUGAUGAAGAAGAAGAAGACAUUUAUCUAGACGAUGAACCCGAUGCAAUGAAGAAAAUACAGGAUGUAAACUCACUACUUCGAUCUCAGGAGAACACUGCUGAAAUCAGAUUGAGACUCAUAUCACAUUAUAAUGAGCUAGUACGACAGUUCAAUGAAUUGGAUGUAAGUGUGGAAAAGUACAACUCUAGCCCACUCUUACCGGAACAUAUCCGUGAAGCAUGGCGACUGCACCGUCUGCAGAGUGAAACCAUCCCACCCGCAUCCUGGCGUACCCAGGGUUCAGGGAACGGUCAAAUGUUUAGGUAA